CGGGGCGGGGCCGGGAUGGACGAGGCCUGGCCGGGGCGCCGCGCGGGCGGCCUGCGGGGGCGGCUGCGCGACAAGGAGGGCGAGGGCGGCGGCUCCGCGGCCAUGGCGGCCGUCACGGCCGAGCUCUUCGAGGAACCCUUUGUGGCAGAUGAGUACAUUGAACGCCUGGCAUGGAGAACUCCUGGCGGAGGUUCCCGAGGUGGCAUGGAAGCUUUUGAUCCCAAAAGAUUACAAGAAGAAUUUGUGAAUCAUAUUAAUGAACUGAAAUUGCUGGAUGAACGAAUCCAAAGAAGGGUAGAAAGGUUAGAGCAGCAAGUUCAGAGAGAAGCCAAGGAAUUUGCCAAGAAAGUUCAAGAACUUCAGAAAAGCAACCAGGUUGCCUUCCAACACUUCCAAGAACUAGAUGAGCAUGUCAGCUAUGUGGCAACUAAAGUCUGUCACCUUGGCGACCUGCUGGAGGGGGUCAACACGCCGCGGCAACGGCUGGUGGAGGCUCACAAACUGAUGAAGUACUUUAAUGAGUUCCUAGAUGGAGAGUUGAAGUCUGAUGUUUUCACCAACCCUGAAAAGAUUGAAGAAGCGGCUGAUAUCAUCCAGAAGCUGCAUCUGAUCGCCCAGGAAUUGCCUUUUGACAGGUUUUCUGAAGUAAAAUCCAAAAUCGCAAGUAAGUACCAUGAUUUGGAGUGCCAACUGAUCCAGGAGUUCACCAGUGCACAGAGAAGGGGACAGAUCUGCAGGAUGAGAGAAGUCGCUGCAGUCCUGCUUCACUUUAAGGGCUAUUCUCACUGUGUCGAUGUGUACAUAAAGCAGUGCCAAGAGGGUGCCUUCUUGAGGAUGGAUAUCUUUGAAGAAACGGCUGUUCUCUGCCAAAAUGUGAACAAACAAGUUGGAGAGAUAUUUAGCAGUCCAGAGACCGUAAUGGCAAAACUUAUCCAGAAUAUCUUCGAAAUCAGACUUCAGAGUUAUAUAAAAGAGCAGCUGGAAGAACAUAAGAAGUCAGAUGCAGAGCAGUACCUGCAGAGCCUCUAUGACCUCUACACAAGGACUACAAAUCUUUCAAGCAAACUGAUGGAGUUUAACUUGGGCACUGAUAAGCAGACUUUCUUGUCUAAGCUUAUCAAAUCCAUCUUCGUUUCCUACUUGGAGAAUUACAUCGAGGUGGAAAUCGGUUAUUUGAGAAGCAGGAGCUCCAUGAUUUUGCAGCGCUACUAUGAGUCAAAAAACCACCAGAAGAGAGCCAUUGGGAGUGGAGGCAUCCAAGACCUCAAAGAGAGAAUACGGCAACGAACAAACUUGCCACUGGGCCCCAGUAUCGAUACCCACGGCGAAACUUUCCUCUCCCAGGAUGUCGUAGUUAAUCUCUUACAAGAAACAAAGCAAGCUUUUGAAAGGUGUCACAGGCUUUCCGAUCCAUCUGAUUUGCCGAAGAAUGCCUUCAGAAUAUUCUCUUUGCUCGUAGAAUUCUUGUGCAUGGAGCACAUUGAUUAUGCGCUGGAAACGGGGCUGGCUGGCAUUCCUUCAUCAGAUGCCAAGAACGCAAACCUUUAUUUCCUGGACGUUGUGAACCAGGCUAAUACCAUUUUUCAUCUCUUUGACAAGCAGUUCAAUGACCAUCUGAUGCCGCUGGUUAGCUCUUCGCCUAAACUCUCGGAAUGCCUGCAGAAGAAGAAGGACAUCUCGGAGCAAAUGGAGGUGAAGCUGGACCUGGGCAUAGACAGGACGCUGAACUGCGUGCUGGGGCAGAUGAGGCACAUCUUGACGGCAGAACAAAAGAAGACGGAUUUCAAACCCGAAGACGAGAACAACGUCCUCAUUCAAUACACUAACGCCUGUGCCAAAGUCUGUGCCUACGUCAGAAAGCAAGUGGAAAAGAUCAGGAAGUCCAUGGACGGCAAGAAUGUGGACAGCGUUCUGAUGGAGUUUGGCGUCCGCUUCCACCGGCUCAUCUACGAACACCUGCAGCAGUAUUCCUACAGCUGCAUGGGCGGCAUGCUGGCCAUUUGCGAUGUGGCCGAGUACCGGAAGUGCGCCAAAGAGUUCAGGAUAGCGCUGGUACUGCAGCUUUUUGACACGCUGCACUCCCUCUGCAACCUUCUUGUCGUCGCUCCAGACAACCUGAAGCAGGUCUGCUCGGGGGAGCAGCUGGCCAUCCUGGAGAAGAACAUCCUCCACUCCUUCGUGCAACUCCGCCUGGACUACCGAUCCGCCCGCCUCGGCCGCCACUUCAGCUGAGCGGGUGGAAGAUGGGGAGGCCAGCAUCGCAGCGCGCGACGCAGCACAGUGGCGGCGGCUUUCGAGGAGGAGACGAGAUGAGCUGGGCCGGGUGGCUCGGGGCAAAACGAGCAGCCAUCCCUUAAAACUGAGCCUUUCCGUUCUCCUCAUCCGCCCUGUGAAACCGACGGUGUCUGGAGAUGGGGGUUCUGCCAGAGCUCUUCCUGUUGUCCAUGACGAUACUGUGCUGCCGCUUCCAGUUUUUCUCCCAACAGAAUGACUUGCGUUUCGGUAUUUCCCGUUGUAAACAGCAUGGGUUCAUGCUACCCGAUUUUUUUUUUCCUUUCCCCACACCACAAACUCCACACUUGACAGCCCCUCCGUAGUAGAAGGCAGAGGGAAAUGACCCUUUGAUUCUGCCCUUGUGUGGAUGGGUGUUCCUUAAAUGGCUUCGUGCUUUUGCCACAUAUAAACAUUUACUCUGAUUAAA